AUGAAGCGGUUUCCCUCACCGCAAAACAAGCUCACUCCCCGAGCUAUUAAAGCUCGGGUCGGUCCUCCCACAACUCACUCGCCAUUCUCGCUCCCUCUCCUGCUCUCUACAUCCCCCACACAUACUAAGAGGGGAAAGAUAUCCAAUGGCGAAGGUCCAGCUCCUCCCCGUCCUCGUUGCCCUCUGCCUUUCCCUCGCCGCGUCUACUGCGACACCUGCCGUGCCGGCUUCCAGACCGCCGUCAGCCAGUACAUUGCAGGUGCCAAUGUCAAGCUGCAAUGCAGAAACUACGAGACCGACGCGGUGGAGCACCUGGUCGAGGGCGUGACGGACAACACCGGCAUGUACCACAUCGAGGUGGAGGACAGCCACGAGGAGGAGAUCUGCGAGGUGUCGCUGCUGCAGAGUCCGCAACCAGGCUGCACAGAGGUGGCGCAAAGCAGGAACCGUGCCCGCAUCCUGGUCACCGGCAGGAGCGGCUUGGCCUCCGACAUCCGUUAUGCGAACUCCCUGGGCUUCCUCAAGGACGAGCCGCUGCAACAGUGUGGGCUGUUACUGCAGCAGUAUGCUUUGGGCGUCGAUGACUAAGACAAGAAGGCAAGGCACCUAACAUUAAGUAUAUGUAUCACCUAGCUUUCCAUGAACCAUGGAUGGAUGACCUUGGUUUCGGAUCCAUGGAACUUAGAUGUGCUAACAAAGCUUGGUGAAGUAUUCUCCUAUA